GUCUUCCUUCGUAUUUUGACAAGUCUCUAGGGUUUGAUUCUUUUCUAUGUAGAAGUAUAACUUUCAUUUUCUUUUUCCAACCUCAAUCUAUGGAAUUUUUCCCUUUCUUAAGGUUAGUUUAGAUCUAUGAAGUUUGUAAGAAACCCUAAUGAUGCUAAAAUAUUUAAUCCAUCAAAGCUAGUGUUGUAAGAAGAGAAACUUAGGAAAAAUGUUGGAGGAUAGUGGUGAGACAAAUUCUAAUUUUGGGAAAAAUGAGGAUGAAGUACUGGAGGAGAAGGGUUCGUCGAGCAAGUUUAAGGAUAUUGGAGGAAGCUCAAGCGAUAGUACACUUGAAGAGAAUGAAAAGAUCAAGCCCUGUGUGAGACCUUACGUUCGAUCCAAGAUGGCUAGACUCCGAUGGACUCCUGAACUCCAUCUCCGUUUUGUUCAUGCUGUGGAAAGACUUGGUGGACAAGAUCGAGCAACACCAAAGCUAGUUCUACAAAUGAUGAACAUCAAAGGACUCAGCAUUGCUCAUGUCAAGAGCCAUUUGCAGAUGUUUAGAAGCAAGAAGAUGGAUGACCACAGUCAAGGGAUUGGACAUCAUCACAAACUUUUUAUGGAAGGUGGAGAUCCAAAUAUAUUCAACUUGAUUCAAUUCCCUAAGUUCCCUACUUACCAUCAACGGUUCAAUUCAACUUUUAGGUAUGGAGACGCUUCUUGGAAUUGUCAUGGUAAUUGGAUGCCUAGCAACACAAUGAGGCAAAGGAUUCCCUCUUUCAUCAAUGAAAGAUCCACUUUACAAACAAAUGAAAUUAAAGAUGUAAUGGGAUCAUCCAUAGGAAGCCCUAGUGGUGAGCUCACUAGGUUGUUUCACAUAGCUACAAAAGCUAAAGCAAGAGCCUUUGAUGGAAAUGGAAUUACUUCUCAACCAAAUUUGGAAAGAGCUAUAACUCCUUUGAAAAGGAAAGUUUCUGAUUAUGACCAACUUGAUCUGAAUUUACAUCUAGGUGUAAAGCCAAGGAAUGAAGAGACACCAAAUCUUGAUGAUAAUGAUAAUGAUAAUGGGAGCAGCUUAUCAUUAUCAUUAUCCUCACCAUUGUCAUAUUCAAAAACUACAAGGUUUAUAGAAGAUGCUAAUAUUGAUGGUACAACAGAAAAUGCAAGAAGAGGGGCAAGUACUCUGGAUCUGACUCUAUGAAUGAGGACAAUAUUCUAAGUGAGAUCUUGAGGUACUUGUUUCAUAUUGCUGAAUGUUGACAUUAUGUUUAUUACCAAUUAGUAGUAGCUUAGUACCAUUACUACUACUAUAUAGUACUCUUGGUUUUUGUUUGUCUCUAUGUUAUUGAAUACAAGUAUUUCUUAGCAA